UCCAUCCUUAGCCGGUGGGGCGGUUUCGGGCUCAUCACAGCCAUGACUGAGCAAAUGACACUUCGGGGGACCCUAAAGGGCCAUAAUGGCUGGGUCACGCAGAUUGCGACUACCCCACAGUUCCCAGACAUGAUUCUCAGCUCCUCCAGAGUUUGGGUUGUGCAAAGGAAAAACACCUUCACCUGCUCACAGACGUAAAAGUGGGAGACAACUGGCAAGAUAAGUCUGUCAUCAUGUGGAAGCUGACCCGUGAUGAAACAAACUAUGGUGUCCCUCAACGUGCACUUCGUGGUCACUCUCACUUUGUCAGCGAUGUGGUUAUCUCUUCAGAUGGACAGUUUGCUCUUUCAGGCUCCUGGGAUGGAACACUGAGGCUGUGGGAUCUUACAACUGGCACCACCACACGCCGGUUUGUAGGUCACACCAAAGAUGUCCUGAGCGUUGCUUUCUCUGCUGACAACCGUCAAAUUGUAUCUGGAUCCCGAGACAAAACAAUCAAGCUGUGGAACACACUGGGUGUCUGUAAAUACACUGUACAGGAGGAAUCUCAUAGUGAGUGGGUGUCCUGUGUCAGGUUCUCCCCUAACAGCAGUAAUCCCAUCAUAGUAUCCUGCGGCUGGGACAAGAUGGUAAAGGUGUGGAAUCUGGCCAAUUGCAAACUGAAGACCAACCACAUUGGUCACAGUGGCUACUUGAACACUGUCACGGUGUCACCUGAUGGAUCUCUGUGUGCUUCUGGAGGCAAGGAUGGACAAGCAAUGCUGUGGGACCUGAACGAGGGGAAACAUCUGUAUACACUUGACAGCGGUGAUGUUAUCAAUGCUCUUUGCUUCAGCCCCAAUCGUUACUGGCUGUGUGCCGCCACUGGACCCAGCAUCAAGAUUUGGGAUCUGGAAGGCAAGAUUAUUGUGGAUGAGCUUAAGCAGGAAGUGAUCAGUUCCAGCAGUAAAGCUGAACCUCCUCAAUGUACUUCUUUGGCUUGGUCUGCUGAUGGACAGACCCUUUUUGCUGGAUACACAGACAACCUGAUCAGAGUGUGGCAGGUCACUAUUGGCACUCGUUAAAUGUUUCCAGGUUCUUUGGUCUAACAGACUUCAAUUUGUAAAGUUGUCUUAUCGGUGCAACAUAAAAAAUCUAAUAAAAGAGUUGCUAUAAA